AACUAUGCACUGUUGUUAGGCUAUCUCAACAUUUUCCUUGCUUCUCUCCUUUUCAUUGACCGUGCAUGUGAUGCCGUGAAAAGCUCGUUUUAUUUUGUAUUUGUAGUUGGUUUGUUCUUAAUAUUUAUCCGUGUCUACAUUUGAAUAACAAGAUGCCAAUACCUGUUCAAGCAAAAAUUGUUAAGAAGGGUAACACUGGCCCUGAUCAAUUUGAACUUUCAAUUGCCCAAGCUCUACUAGAGUUGGAAAACAACAGUGAUUUGAAGGCUCAACUUCGAGAAUUGUAUAUUACAAAAGCUAAGGAAAUUGAGCUGUUGGGCAAAAAAAGCAUUAUCAUUUAUGUUCCCAUGCCUCAAAGGGCUCAAUUCCAAAAAAUUCAAGCUCGUCUUGUUAGAGAAUUGGAAAAGAAAUUCAGUGGCAAGCAUGUUGUAUUUAUUGGUGAUAGAAAAAUUUUGCCUAAGCCAACUAGAAAAACCCGCACUCAAAACAAACAAAAGCGUCCAAGAAGUCGUACACUAACAUGGGUUUACGAUGCUAUACUUGAUGAUUUAGUUUUCCCUGCUGAAAUUGUUGGUAAGCGUAUCCGUGUGAAAUUAGAUGGAAAACAGGUAAUGAAAGUUCAUUUGGACAAGACGCAGCAAACUAACAUUGAACAUAAAGUGGAUACUUUUGCUUCAGUGUACAGAAAGUUAACAGGCAGAGAAGUAACUUUCGAAUUUCCUGAACCAUAUUUGUAAAAUUAAUUUUUAAUAAAAAAGUGAUUUAACAAAAAAAUCUA